AUGUCUCAGAGUUCUAGUCGCACUUCCACACCAUCAAGCAGACAGAUGACACCUAAUACACCUCAUGGUAGGUACAAUUCAAGAUUUCACCUCGGUAUUUUUAAAAAAAUUUAUUAUAUGAUCACUUUCAUAGCGAUUUCUAUCAUUCUUUCUUAUUUAUUCCAAAUAUUCAACUAUGUGGACAAAAAAUAUAAACUGAAUACCAAACCGAUUCCAAAAGAGGCACAACCAUUUGCAUAUUUCAUUAACAACCUUGCAAAAGACAUUGGAAAUAAGGUUCUAGAGAUUCAUUUGCCCCGAAUUGCAUACUUUUCUUUUAUCGCUUUCGCAUUUGAUUUAUUAUUAGUUUUAACAAACAACUACAUCAUGUCGGCACUUGGCGCUCUUUACUUUUUAUUUGAUGGACCAUUAGUUGCAUUAUUCACAAGUAACAUUUCUCUUUGCAUUGCUUUCAUUUUUUCAUUUUUCAUUCUUCGUUUUAUCGUUGCAUACUUUUUAUCAGAUGUAGGAUACUUGGCUGCAAUAUAUUAUUUGAUAUUUUCCAUACAAUUAAUGAUCACUACUCUUUUCAUUAGACCAGAUAUGGUUAUUCCGUUAUUAAUAUGCUUCGUAAUAGUUGUUCAAAAGAAAUACACUGUCGAAGCAUCAUUCUUUAGUACCAGAGCGUUUUUAGAGUCAAUCAAAAGCAUUUUUGGAAUAAUUUUUAUUAUUCUUAACUUCUGUAUCGGUAUAUUAGUCAUUCAAUCAAAGUUUAAGCUUCCAAAGUGCGAAAUUACAUUGCAAUACAAAGUUUUGUUCUCUGAAUUUGCAUCAAACGAACAUAACUUAACAUUUGUUGUAUUUUUCUUCCUUGGAUUAUUUGGAUUAUUUAUAUCCGAUAUCAGUAGAGUUAAUUCUUCUGAAAUUAUUUUAUUAUUAUUGUUUUUCUCAUAUCUUAACAUUGUUUCAUGUGUUCUGGAUUUUCCAAUCUUUAAGUUUAAGCAAAUUACAAUUUGGGCUGUUAUUUUCGCAUUUAAUUCGAUUGGAAGGUCAAAUUUCCUCAGUGUAUUAGCAGUUUUUCUUUUUUUAUUUACAAUUUUCUUUUUCUAUUCUCCUAUCCAAAGCUAUUUGAAAGAUUCUUCAAUACCACAAUGA